CGUUUCGUGCGUCAGGCGGAGUUGUUGCUAAUUGCUAAAAGAGUAGCGCUGCUGUAAAAUGUAAGCUGCGGUUCACGUUUUUAGGAUUUAUUUACGAGUAAAUGUGUUAUAUAUUUUAUUAGUGUAUGAUUGAACGUCAGAUUAUCUAAUAAUUCCAUUGAAAGACUGCUUCCAGUUGAGAAAACAUUCACAACAAGUUUGUGCGACUUGUUAUUUUGGCAAAAAUACACAAACUCGCCUUAACCUCGAGUUUGAAUCUCGUUUGCUGCUAGUUAACGCAAUGUCUGCUAAACAGCAUUGUUCGUGUUGCUCUAAUCCCGUCUCUGCUCAUCAGACGCUGGAGGAAAUGGAUUUUGAACGAGGUAUCUGGUCUGCUGCUAUGGAUGGAGACCUGGACAGGCUCAGGUCCCUUGUUCAGAAGGGCAUAGACCCAAAUUUAAGAGACUCUGCGGGGUAUACAGCUCUGCACUAUGGGAGCCGCAGUGGACAUCUUGCUGUAUGUGCAUUUCUUCUUGAGAAUGGUGCAUGUGCCUCGCCCCAAACACCAGGUGGGGCCACGCCACUCCUUCGAGCUGCUUACUGUGGUCACCUGGAUGUGGUCAGACUUCUUCUGCAACACAGAGCAGAUCCGAUGCUCUCUGAUGAUGAUGGUGCAUCCCCUUUACAUAAAGCUGCAGAACGGGGUCAUAAAGAGGUGUGUCUGCUGCUUCUUGAGCACUGUCCAGCGCUGUGCGGCCAGGUCAACAAGAGGCUCCAACUACCCCACCAGCUGACACAGCAGGGAUACUUGAAAGAGGUUUUGGAACCACCUCAGUGACGAUGUACCGGCUGUUUCAGAGCCAUGCUGUGUUCCUAAGAUUACACAAAUGUUGUGAUUUGGGAAACGUAACCAAUUGAACUCCAUUUGAGUCUGCGUUUCUUUCAUCUGGACCUGAUGUCACUGCCUAAUGAAACAUUUAAGGCUGCUGUAUUAUGGGAAAUAAGUUUUAACUUUCCAUUGAGUUGGAAAAGAUUAUCCAAAGCUCAGUUAAAGGAGAAUAAAACUUUGAUUACUAUAAACAGUCGGCAGAGUUGAACUGUUGAGUGGUAGACCUAAACAAAACACAAGAGUGUACAUAAUGGGACAAAAUCAUCUUUGUUUAAUUAUACUAAAGAAUACAUGUAGAGACCGACAAAAUAAAGUGAAUGUUCUCCUCUCAGCUAUAAAGCGGAGAUUUGCUUUGGAAGCUCAAACGAGUCGGUGUAAAUAAAAUAGAUUUAUUUCAGAGCACUGAUUCCUGGGAAUUGGGGCUUGGCGAUAUGGUCUAAAAUCAAUAUCACGAUAUAUUGAGGAUUUCACCUCGUUAACGAUAAAUAGACGAUAACUACAGGUAUGCGCAGAAGCAAAAGAUGUCUACUAGAUGGGGCUGUCACAUGUAUUGCGUUGAGUCACAUUGGCCUUGUUCAGUUGAGCAGCACCUCGCCUGGAAAAGAGACGAGAGCAGACGGACACAAAUCUAACUGGCAAGCACUUUACACCGAUCACCAGUGAUCUAAUCUGCGCAGAAACGGCUCAUCUUGAUCACGGCCAUUUUUACGUGCCUCAAGGUGGUACAGCUUCUUAAAGGGACACGAAGGUUGCCAACCUACACACUUUUUUUAAUUUUUUUAUUAUCAAAUAUAUUGACAUGGGAAAAAUUAUCUCGAUAAUAGUCAGAAAUUUCGAUAACGAUACAUUUUUGAUUUAUUGCCCAGCCCUAGUGGGAAUAAAACAAUAUAAAGAAAUAUUACUGGACACCACACCACAGGAAGAAUGAGAGUAACUAAUUUGAAAACUUGAAAGUGCAUCUUCUGAUGGACAUCAUACAUUAUCAGUGUGUUUUGCCCUUGUUCUGCCAUGCCACACUGACUUAAAAACAAACAGAAGAAGCAUGAGAGUUUAGCCUUUAGAGAAAAUGCAUCAGUCAGAAAGCAUGGCAAAAUAAGAGUGGAAGUGGAAUACUGUUUUUAUGUCAAUGACAUGUUUUCAUUGCUUUUUGAAACCAAAUGUUUAAAAUGUAUCUCAAGUUUACUUCCUUUGUAUUACUUGGAUAUUUCAAGCUACAGACAACUGUACACACCAACCUCCAGCUGCUGAUGGUUACACCAUGAACCAUUAAACACAAUAAAAUCUGUUCUUAUA